CCUCUAGUGCGAAGCGCUGCCGCAGGGCUCGCAAGCCUCCGCGGGCGCUUAGCGGGGCGGACGGUUCCGGCCGGGCCUGCACCGACAGGGACGCGGCGAGUUCUGCUGCAAGCGGGGACGAGCCCCGCGGAUCUGAACGCGGGCGCUGCCGGGGCCGCGCUGAUAACGCCAGCGCUCGUAGUACGGGGCGGCGGGGAUGUAGCCGCCGGGGCGGGGGGUCGGGGGAAGCCUCCAGGGCCCGAGCGCCCCCCCGCCCCCGCGCUGCGCGCCCCCGGGGAGCCCGCGGCAGCCCCGGCCCCAGCCGUGCCCCCGCGCCGGGCGGAGGGCGGGCGGCGGCGCGAGGCGGGGCGAGGCGGGAAGCGAAAGGGCCGCGGAGCCGGCGGGGGAAGUUGCGAGAGCGGCGCGGCCAUGGCCACGGCGCCGGCGGGACCCGAUCCCGGCCCCGGCCCCGGCCCCGGCGCGCCGCCGCCCGACCUGCACGCCGUGCCCAUGGUGGCGCUCAACUACGGCGUGCGGCGCCGCCUCGGCCUCUACCUCAACCCGGCGGCGGCGGCGGCCGCCGACUGGACGGCGCUGGCGGAGCGGCUGGGCUGGGAGUACCUGGAGAUCCGGCGGCUGCAGGCGCUGCCCGACCCCACGGGCGCGCUGCUGGAGGAGUGGCCGUGCCGCUGCCCCGGCGGAGCCACCGUCGGCCGCCUCCUCGACACCCUGCGCAGCCUGGGCCGCCACGACGUCCUGCUCGACCUGGCCGACAGCGUGGAGGAGGACUGUAAGAAGUACUUAAAAAGGAAGCAGGAGCAGGCUGACCAGCCACUUCAAGUGCCAGCAGUAGACAGCAGCGUGCCAAAGACAUCAGAACUGAUGGGCAUCACCACCAGGGAUGAUCCGUACGGGAGCGGAAUAGAGAUGUUUGAUGCCUUCAUCUGCUACUGUCAGAAAGACCUUCAGUUUGUCCAGGAGAUGAUCAGGGAGCUGGAACAAACAGAGUUCAAACUGAAGCUCUGUGUAUUUGAUCGGGAUGUCUUGCCAGGAACGUGUGUGUGGUCCAUCAGUGGAGAACUUAUAGAAAAGAGGUGUCGGAGGAUGGUGGUUGUCGUUUCAGAUGAUUACCUGGAAAGCGAUGAAUGUGAUUUUCAGACCAAAUUUGCUCUUAGUCUUUCCCCAGGUGCUCGUCUCAAACGGCUCAUUCCAGUCAAGUGCAAAACCAUGAAGAACGAGUUUCCAAGUAUCUUACGGUUCAUUACGAUUUGUGAUUACACCAAUCCUUGCACCAAAAAAUGGUUCUGGACAAGACUAGCAAAAUCCCUCUUGCUGCCCUGAUGCAAAGUCAUGAGAGCUAGGUGCUUCCUGGUAAUCCACCCUGGCUGUGCCUUCGGACCGUGGUGGUGUUCACGCAGGGUCUUUUACCGCUUCAGAACCUGGAUCCUUGCAGUUGGUGUUUGGAGCCUGCAAUGGGGAGCAAAGAAUUUUCUCUAGCACUUUUUCAUAAGUCGGAAGGGGAAGUAAAGCAACUGCGUGGGUGUUCCUGUUUAAGUCAAUGAGCGACAGCAUCCAGCAUUUUGUGUAGUAAACACUUUUAACUGAAAAUACAGAAAAUAUAUUUAAAGACUGAGUGUCUAAUACAAGAAGGCUCUAUUGUAAGCAGUUAAUAAGACUUAGAGCCUCAAACCACAGGUUUUCUUAAAUGUUUUCUAUUAUUUUAAGAGCUGUUUAAUGGCUAUAGUAACACCUAGGGUUGGUGGUUAUUUUUUUUUAGUUUCCAGUGAAAUCCCCUGGCUGCCCAGUGGUAUGCAGGAUCUGAGGUUUCAGACUUCUGUUUCUUGCUUUGUGAAUGGCCAGUGCUAUGAGAAUGACUGAUUUUGGUGCCCAGCCUGCCCUGCCAGGGCCGAUGUCCCCUGCCCAGCGCUGGAGCCCCACUGCUGGGCAGCACAGGGGAAUGCGGGUGGGCUCUCCCCAGCCCGCGCUGGUUCUGAGGGCAGACAGUCUCCUUUGGUCCUUGUUUUGAGAAAAGCAGAAGCCUAUUUUAAUUGUUAAAGCACUGCAAAGGAAUGAAUGGGUUUCCCAUUGUCUUUAGCAAUAUCUGCAGAAUUAGAGCAAUUAUCCAUGUAGUUAUAACUAAUGCAGAAUUACUGAGCUUGAUUUAUUUUCUGUGGACAUUUUCCUCCUCAAGGUAUACUGCAAUAUUCCUGUCUUGUGUUCAUUUACAGGGUAAAUCCCUUGUCACUAGUGUUUUCUCAGGCAGUCCCUCAGAUUUACUCUAAGCAGGGUUUUUUUGUUCAUUGACAGCAAAAAUGUAAGGAAAGGCAUGCUCUUGUACCGUGUUGGUCAUGUCUGUCUCUGUUCAGGCCACAUUUGAUUAAAUGACCUUAUACUAGUGUUUUAUAUUCCCAGAUCUUAUUAAAUAUAGAGUCUUUCGUAGAAAUUCAGUCUUAAAAUAAUGUAUUUUCAGUGAAAGUCCUUGCUAUGCAAAGUGCAGGCUGCUAUUGCUCAUUGACUUGACCAGGAACCGAGCUGUGCACCUAAGUGGGUCCAGAUCUUAAAUUGUUUCACCUUCAAAAGCCUUCCAAAACACAUCAGCUUUUGGGAUGCCUCAAAGGUACAGGGAUAAAUACUGAAUUAAGAGCGUAUUAAAUUGUCAAUCGGUCUGUUUAAAAUAUAAAGGUUAAUGUUACAUUAAUAGGAAAGAGCAUAUUUUAAUUAACAGCCACAAUAAUCACUGUAUUUCUGUGACUAAGACUAGUGGCAACAUUGAUACUGCUCUGCUUGUUAGAUUUAGCCCUGAUCUAGUGGAUCUCAUCAGUUCUCAAUACUUGGGGGUGAGGGGCAAGGGUUCUGCCCAAAGUAGCAUUCUGAAGUGACCUGUUGGUGUAUUAAACAGAUUUACAGUAAAUAUUUACUUUCUAAAUUGGGAAGAGAGGAAUCUUGCUUAUGUAUCUGCUUGAACUCUGCCACUUUGUUCAUUACUUCAGCCACUGACUCAUGUUGAUUUUUCAGCUUAAUGUUUUACUAGUUUACAUUUUGAAGGUUGCAUUUGGAUGUGAUUUUAUUUUAUUUUUUUAAAGGAUUUGUUUUAAAGCAUUACCAGGGCUGAGGUGCAGACGGAAAUGCAGGCUCAUGCCUUUCCCUCCCUAUCAAUGAAUGGUCCCUUACCAGUACGUGCUGCACAGUCCCGUCCACGCGUGGCUGUGGGUUCCUCCUGGCUGACAGCCCGUGGCCCGAACACGGUGAAGCCUGUUCACGCACAUCACGUUGGCAUCAGGGGCCGUUGCUGGAUAGGCUGAGCUGGGUGUUUUUCAGUCCCUCCUACAAAUAUAACUGCUGCCAUCGUGCCAAGGUGACGUUUGCACCUUUCUGUCUUGCUAGAACAAGUGAGAAGUCUGUAGGCAUGGGAGGAGAAAAGUUAAGCUGAUGAGGGGUUUCUGAAUAGCUUGUCUUCAUGUCCUGUUGCCCUCAGGCCUCUCCUGCAGAAGCCGAGACAGCUGCUUGCCUCGGGGUUUCUACAUAAUUGUUAAAUGUUAAUUACUGAAGAGUUUCUGGAGGCUGCUUGAUCCCCAGGCGCUCCCGGGGCUCAGUGAAUUCUCAUACUCUGGAGUGUCUAUAAACAUUAAUUAUGGGUCAUUAUUCGCAGGACCAAACCAGAUUCCUCUAGUUUGGAGAGCUGAAAGGGCUGUGGUAACUAAUUAGCGGGGAGCCCAGGCAGAGGCAGCGGCUCUGCAGACGCUAGAGGGAAGCAAUGGCCCAUGCUGGCACCCCGGGAGGGCUCCUGCCUGCGGGGUGGGAUGGAGGAGGCGGCAGGCAUGGACCCGGGUCUGGGGUGGAGGAAAGGGGAGUGGGGUUUUUUCCUCUGCCCGUUGCACCCUUUUCUAGGAGGCUAUACCAAAACUAGCGAGAUUUUUUGUCAGAAUGAACCUUGUGCAGUGUCUUCUGCGUGAGUCCUGAUGGGUGGUUUGGGACAUGGGGUGUUGCAAAUGAUGAAAUAAAAAAUAGCAGCAAAAAUAAUGUUUGUAAUAGAUGAUCUGGUGGUUGCCAAAUAGGGAAGGUGCUGCUUCUGGAAGGGAAAGCAAAAAGAAGAGCUGAAUUUGUAAAUUUGAUGUCCAGUAGAUAAGUGGAAUAUUCCAAUUAAUCAUGAAAGAUGUCUGUGCUUCGGUGGGAUCUUGUUACCACCCUGCCCCCUGUGCCCUGGCCCUUCUGUGUGCCUGGUUGGAGUGCUGGGCAAGCAUCACUCUUGUUGGACUGUUGCUUUAUUACAAGCAGUUACAAUUUGUCUUACAGGUUAAAAUAAUUAUUUUGGGGUAAAGCGAGGUAACAGCCCUAACACAUAAAAUAUGUGCUUUACAUAUGUAUCCUCUAGAGUUUAUGCACUUCUGAUAUUUUCAUAUCUGUCUUGUCAUGGUAAAUUGAUGAAGUGUGACAUCUAUGACUAAUAUAAAAUCUAGGUAUUGUGAGCACAUUUCAGUGGCAGUGGUAGUUCUCCUCCCCUAUUUCAUGCUCAGUGGAAGGUCAAAAUCUUAAACACCUUUAAGAAAGGGAAUUACAAAACUGUGAUGUUACUGGGGGUUUUUUAUUUUUGUUUCUUUCCCUCUCUGAAAUUGUCCUAGAUUAAUCUGUUGGUACCAAAUCGCUUAUUUUUAUACAUAUACAUUUAUAUUUAUAUUACUUUCUAUCCUAAUACAAAUCUGUAGAAAAACAUGUGCUGUAUAGCCAUUCUGAAGAUAGGCAAUGAUUUUGUAGUUUUUCCUCCUCAAAACCCCAAACUUUCGCUACUUUUGAAAGCAUUUUAAAAUAAAGAAUUACAAUGCA